AUGGCGACAUCCAUUCAUCACGACCUGGUCUCGGCAGUUGAACAAGAAAUCAGUUGUCCUAGCUGCUUUGAAGACUUUGAAGAACCCAAAUGCCUCCCAAACUGUGCUCAUAAUGUUUGUCAACAGUGCUUACAAGGGAUGGAAAAGAAAAGAAACAACGUUAUCGAAUGCCCGGUUUGUCAAGUCGAGUCUGUUAUUCCGAAGGGUGGAGUCGCAGCUUUUCCAAAGAAUCAUUUGCUGGUUCGAUUGAUCGAGCAAUCACCUGGACGAAAAGAAAAAUUUUAUCUUAAAAAAGCUGUGAAAAGCUGCGAAGAGGAGCUACAAGGGGCUAAAGGCGCUCUUAAAGAGAUGGAAAAGCGGUAUAUCUGUAGUAAAACAAAAUGUGAUGAGAUGAAGCAGCGUGUACAAUCUUUAGCGGAAAGAGUUAUUAAAACGGUACGUGAACAAGAACAGAAAAUGCUUCAUGAAAUCAAAGCGACAUAUGAUCGUAAUGAAGUAAUCUUCGAAACUGUGCAAUCUAGAACUGCGAAAUUGUGUGAGGAUGCGUCUAAUCGCAUCAAAAGCGCGCAAGUCAUCAUACAAAAUGGAGGAUUGGAGGUGGUUAGAGUCAUCAAGGAUACUUUGGCUGAAACGUUAAAAAAGUUAAGCAAGAGCUUGAAUAUAAGCAUGUUGGAGGCAAAUGGUAAAUUGACACAAUCUCUGGAACUUUCAUUGACCAACACUGACUUAGCUGAGGAGUUCAUUGAUGAUGAGUUUUCACUUGGUAAACUGAAUGUAAACAAUGGUCAAGUUGCAACUCCUCAGGAUACCACAAUAGCUUUUGCUGCGCCAUCCUGGGAAGCAUCCAUGUCAAAAAAAGCAGUGUUUAUAUCAAAGUUGAAAGAUUAUUCAAGAUGUGGAUCCUUGAUUCAACCCAUAGGAAGUACUUCUCAUUUUGAUGCCUUUUCGGUGGCAGCUUCCAGAGAUUGUGGUGUCAUCGUGGUACUGGAUGACGAUGCAAAGUUUGUGCAUACCUUUACUGAGGCAGGGAAAAAGUUAAACAAGUUUCAUAUUAAGGAUGGUGAUCUUUGGGAUAUUGUUGUUUCAAAUGAGGAUGAGAUAGUUGUUUUGAGUCGUGAUAAAAACUGUCUGUUACAUUAUGACAUGAAUGGAAAUUUUCAGAAAAAGAUUGUGUCUGCUUCUAAGGAAAACGUUAAGUUUACGUCAUGUACAGUUGACGUUCAUGGCCGUUUCAUAAUCACUUCAUAUCCAUACUGUAAGGAUGAAAAAGGGAAUGAUGCUAUGCCUUGUGUCCUUGUUUACAGACCAUCUGGAAAACUUACCAUGUCAUUUGGUGAAGAACACCUUGGCUGUCCUGAAAAAGCAGUGUUCCUGAAUGGUAGAUUCUAUGUCAUAGACUCUCACUGUGGUGCUAGAGUCAAAGUUUUUGACAAAACUGGUUCCCUUAUAAAGACGUUUGAGGACGAACAGCUGAAAUCACCAUCUGCUAUUGCAGCUGAUCAUAUUAGUGGCAUCCUUGCAGUAACUGACACUGACACUUUAACAGUUCACAUUUACAACCAAGCUGGACAGCGAUUACAUCGUUUUGAGACAGAGAACAAACCCACAGAUAUAGCUUUUACUAAGAAUUUCAAGAGUUUGCUUGUUUGUUUUGAGGUUGAUGAUGGAAAUGGAUAUGUUGAAAUGCUCACCUACCGUUAA